AUGAUGCAGCGGAGAGUCCAGGUGUCCACCGAGAGCCCCAGCUAUGCCGUCUGUGUGCUGGGCACAGAGGUCUCUAUAGACAUCUCUGGAUCCAUACCAAGUGGUGCCACGUCAUUUGAUGCCCGUGGUACCUCUGGAGUGAGGGUCUAUGUUGUCUACAACCCUAAUGCUGUGAAGAAACCUGCUGGUACAUCGAAAUGGACCCUCAAUUCUCAGGUGGAGGUCAUAGUGUCCAUGGACAUCCCAAGCAGUACUGUCAAUGAUAGCAAGGUUAGGAUUUCGUACUAUGGACAGAAAGAGAAUGCACCUAUAGAGGGGGCUUGGCUGUACCUCACCUGUGUCAAUGUCUCUCUGGAUGCCGACACAGACCGCAGCGGGAUGGUGAAGAGCAAUGGAACCAACAAGACGCAAUGGACGUGGGGCCCUGACGGGCAGGGAGCCGUGCUGCUAGUGAACUGCGACAGGGACAGCCCGGGUGCCAAGGAUAUGGACAGUGCUUACCAGUAUGUGCAGUCCUAUACAGAUCUUGAAGACAUGUCACUUAUGAUCCUGAGGAGCCAAGGCCCCAAUGCCAUCUUUGCUGACUACAAGUUGGUUCUUCAUGUUUCUGUGUCCGAUGUGGAUAAAGUGAGAGUUUUCCAUGCCAGUGGCAGUGGCUCACUCGCCCAGUACAAGCAUGUGCUGGGGUCGCAUAAACGCUCCUACGUAGUGGAUCGUCCCAGCGGAGAAGAAGAGGACACCUUCUACGUCGAGGGAUUGGCCUUCCCGGACGCUGACUUCUCAGGGCUGGUUUCCUUCAGCGUCACCCUGCUAGAGGUCUCCGAUAAGAACGCACCAGACACCCCCGUUUUCACAGACACCGUGGUCUUCCGGGUGGCCCCGUGGAUAAUGACGCCCAACACCCUGCAGCCUUUGGAGGUUUUUGUCUGCAGCAUGGAGAGAGACUCCAACUCUAAUGGGGACUUUUUGGAGGCUAUGAGAGCCCUAGUGAGGAAAGCCAACUGCAAGCUGACCAUCUGCCCUGAGGUUGAAAACCAGCAUGACCGCUGGAUCCAGGACGAGAUAGAGUUUGGCUACGUGGAGGCUCCCCACAAGACGUUCCCCGUGGUCUUUGACUCCCCCCGGGACAGAGGCCUGAAGGAUUUUGCUUUUCGAAGGAUUCUGGGCCCUGAUUUUGGCUACGUGACCCGAGUACCUCCUCACGGACACGUCUCCAGCCUCGACUCCUUUGGCAAUCUGGAUGUCAGCCCUCCGGUGACUGUCCAAGGGAAGACGUACCCGCUGGGAAGGAUCCUCAUUGGAAGCAGCUUGCCCAGGUCGGGCGGCAGGAGGAUGACAAAGGCCGUCAGGGACUUUCUCUAUGCCCAGAAGGUGCAGCCCCCCGUGGAGCUCUACUCUGACUGGCUGAGUGUGGGUCACGUCGAUGAAUUCCUGAGCUUUGUUCCAGCCCCCGAUAGGAAGGGUUUCCGGCUGCUCUUGGCCAGCCCCGAUGCCUGCUACAAGCUGUUCAAGGAGAAACAAAGAGAGGGGCACGGCAACGCGGCCCAGUUUGCCGGGCUGGAGAACGUGCAGACCAUAACAAUAGACGAGAUGCUGGCUGAUGAGACCCUGAGGAGUAACAGUGAAUUCGUGCAGAGCUGCAUUGACUGGAAUCGACAUACCCUUAAGGAGGAGCUGGGACUGACUGAGCAAGACAUCAUUGAUAUCCCUCAGCUGUUCGUGUUGAACAGUUCUCGAGCGGACGCUUUCUUCCCAGACAUGGUGAACAUGAUCGUCUUGGGGAAACACCUGGGCAUCCCGAAGCCGUUUGGGCCGAUUGUCGACGGGCAGUGCUGCCUGGAAGAGAACGUUCGCUCCCUGCUGGAGCCGCUGGGCCUGGUUUGCAUCUUCAUCAAUGACUUUUUCUCCUACCACACCCUAUCUGGGGAGAUCCAUUGCGGCACCAACGUCAUCCGGAAACCCUUCUCCUUCAAGUGGUGGAACAUGAUCCCCUGA